AUGACGACCAAAUACACCGAUGCGGCGUGGCCGCCAUUUACACUGCCCACCGUGGACCUGAUCGCGGGCUCGCUGGCGGGAGGCGCCCAAGUCAUGGUGGGGCAACCGCUGGACACGGUCAAAGUGCGUUCGCAGAUUGCGGCGCCGGGGACGUAUCGGGGGCCGAUGGAGGUGCUUACACGCACCGUGUCGACCGAGGGUGUGCUGGCGCUGUACAAGGGUAUGGCGUCUCCGCUGCUGGGGAUUGCGGCGCAGAACGCACUGCUGUUUACGGCGUUUCAGGCAGCGAAGCGCGUGAUUUCGCCCGAGACGCAGCGGCUGUCGACGGGGCAGAUCGCGGCGGCGGGUGCGGUUGCAGGCGGGGUCAACUCGGUUCUCUCGAGCCCUGUCGAGCUGUUCAAGAUCCGCAUGCAGGCGCAGAUCACUUCGGCGCGGGGAGGGGGGGACAAGCCGCAGAAGCUGAGCGCAGUCGCACGCCAGGUGUAUACCAACUACGGUCUGCGCCGCGGCGUGAUGCGCGGCUUCUGGGUAACCGUCCUGCGCGAAGUGCCGGCCUAUGCUGGCUUCUACACCGGCUUCGAGCUCGCCAAAUCCGCCUUCCGCACCUACCUGCCCUCAAACUCAACACAGGGCGCAACCACACUCCCCGUCUGGGCGCUCAUGCUCAGCGGCUCCUGCGGCGGCAUCUGCAACUGGCUUGCCUGCUACCCCCUCGACGUCCUCAAAAGCCGCAUCCAACUCACCGACUCCCCACUCCCCAAAGGCUUCGGUGGCCCCCUCCUGUUCAAGUACAUCUCCCAACACGCCCAACAGAUCUACACCUCCGAGGGCGCAAGAGCCUUCUGGGUCGGCUUGACCCCCACUCUCCUCCGCGCCGUCCCCGCCGCUGCCGCCACAUUUACCACAUUUGAACUGGUCAAGAAUGCCCUCGAGCAGCCGUAG